CAACAAACUCAAAAAAACAGAUGCAACCGCUCCUCCCAAAUCACCAUCAUCAUCACCACCUUCCAUUCUUCUUCUUCUUCUUUUUUCAUCAUCUUUGCGACUUAUAAAUCUACCAAAUUUUAUUCAGAUCACCAAACCCAUUUUCCUGCAUUUCUUACCUCACUGCAUUCUUCUUAACUAACGGCAACAACUUUGGCCUUUUUUUUUUUUAACCCAGUUUUUUCUUAAUUGUAGAUUAGUUUGUUAAACCUCUAACCAGUUUAAUUCUUUAUUACCCCAAAUUGGCAUCAUCCCGUUGACGUAAAAUCGAUUUCCAAGUAAGGCCCAUUUCUCGAUAUACAUCGAUUUCCAAGUAAAUCCCCAUUAUUAUAAUUCCCAUUUGUGUUUUUUAGUAUUAUUUUUCUUGUUUUCGGUUAUAUCUAUUGAGGUUAGGAAGAACUGGAUUCUGAUCUUUGUGGUAUCAAAGUUAUGAUUUCUUUUUGCCAUAUCUGAAGUGGGUUUUCAAUUUUUUUGGGUUCUAAAAGUGAAAUCAUUCUCGUCCUGAUCGUUUGUUACUUUUUUUUUGGGGUACUUCCAUUCUUGAGCCCUUUGCAUAUGAUCUAUUGAACUUCAAGAAUUGGGAUACAUUUAUGAUGUAUAGAGAAACGACAUGAAAAUGACCGAGAUUUUAUCUGUUACAAUUUCGUUGUAAAUGUUGAACGUGCGUUGGAAAGUUAGAUUUCAGUUAUUUUCUCUGCUUCAGGUUUUGCAUUUCAGUUCGUUCAAAUUAGUUUAUGUCAACAUUUUUACAAACAGAAUGAAGUGUGAAGGGUCUAAGAGGAGUGUGAAUGUUGAUGUUUGAGGCCAAGUAAUAGAGGUAGAUCUUGGUUUGAUGGAGAGAGUUGCUUAUGUGCGGAGCCUCUCUUUAAUUCUUUGCUAUAAGGGCAGUUCGGUUUAGGAUAAUCUAUGAUUUAUGAAUUCAUACACAUUAGGGGUGACUGGAUUCUUGUGUGAAUGAUUAUUGCUCAUUAGGGAUAAAAGCGAUUCAGGUUCAGGACGCUGGAAGAACCACAAUAUAUACGGCUUUAGUUGUCAUUCACAUUUUCCUGUAGGUCAAAAUAGUGUGUGGUAUAACUGUUCUUAUGGGAUUCUUCUCCUUACUUAAAAUCCUGAAGUUGACGAAUUGACACCUUUUUAUCCUUAAUGGCUUUCAGGUAAGAAAGAAGAAUAAUCAUGGAGCAACUGGACAUUCAAAAUCCCGGAGCCAAGAAGCCUCUGCUGGAAAUUCAGCCGCGUGAACUGAAGUUCACAUGUGUGUAAAAUGAUUAUAAAAAAUGUCAUUGAAGAGAUAGGAAUCUGCAUUUGUUCUUUCAUUUCUCUGAGCAUUAUGUGACACUUAGUUUCAGAUGCAAAGUUGCAAGGGUUUUCUGAAAAUUGAUUUCCUAAAAUACUUCGUAAAGGUCAUAAAUGUCAAAUGCUAGAAGCUGACUACAAAUUUAUGUUUCCUGUGGACUUCAAUGUUUGGUCUCUGUCAGCAUUCUGCUGUCGUCGCUUUUCUUAACUGAUGCUAUUUCUUUCUAAUUUUCUUGAAAAAUUUUUAAUUUCUGUUUCAAUGUGUUCGUUCUUUGAGGUUUACGUACCUGACUUUGGCCUCUUUUUGUUUCUCAGUUGAGGUAAAGAAACAGAGUUCAUGUGCUGUGCAUCUUACCAAUGCUUCCGAUCAAUAUGUAGCUUUCAAGGUGCAGUCCUUUUUGCUUAUUUGAAACUCUCGUCUUGAGUUAUGAUCCCACAAUCUGUACAUGAACUGCAGAACUUGUAUGGACUAUUUUAUCCUUUUAAAAGAUAUCUAUGAAAUGUAUUACUGUUUUUGUGCAGGUAAAGACCACAUCACCUAAGAAAUAUUGUGUACGACCUAAUAUUGGGGUUAUCAAACCAAAGUCAACAUAUGAUUUCACAGUCACCAUGCAAGCUCAGAAGUCAGCUCCAACUGACUUGCAAUGCAAGGAUAAAUUUUUAAUUCAGAGUACCAUUGCUCCUUUUGGCUCAACUGAAGAGGCCAUCACACCUGAUAUGUUUGCGAAAGAUAGUGGAAAAUAUGUAGAAGAGUGCAAGCUUAAGGUUUUGCUGACUAGUCCCUCUCAUUCCCCUGUCCUUUCUCCUGUUAAUGGAGUUCCCAAGCUAGAACAAGCUUGCUUAUCAAAACCGGAAGAAGAAAAACUCUCGACUGGAGUUGAAAAUCGCUUUCCACGGCCAGCCAUGAGUCUUUUCAAUGAAAAAGUUGCAAGGGGUACAGAGGUCUCGACUCCCACUAAACCUGUGGAGAAUGUACAAUUCCCUGGUAAUCAUGUAAAGCUCAACUCUGACGAUGGAGUAGUAGCAAGACCUUUGUAUGAUGUGGAAGAAACAAGAAAGAUCCUAUUGAGAGAAAUAGAGGAACUAAAGUCAAAGCUAAAAACAUUAGAUUCAGAACUGAUUCAGGCUAAUUCAAACAUUAAAAAGGUAGCUGAAGAAAAGACCGGAGCUAUUCAAGAGAAUGAAACGCUAAAGAAAGAAUUGGUGACGAUGAGGAGGAAAGUGGGUGCGAGAAGCAUUGAACGAGGAUUUCCACCUCUCUUCGUGUGCAUGGUCGCAAUUAUUAGCUUAACUCUUGGAUUCUUAUUACAUGGUUAAUGAAGAAAAGUGAAGCUAGGUUUAGCCAACACUUACUCUGACCAAUGGACUGGACAGAAGGAUAGAGUUAGUAUAUGUUUUCUUUGGCAUCGGCGUACAUGACUUGGGGUGCUUAGUGAGUAAAGAAGCCUUUGUAUAUUUCUGCUAUUGAUUGAUAUCAAUUCAAGGAAUCCAAUUGUUCACCUUUUAAUGCUAUUUGUGCCUGCAUAUUUGGAUAUCCUGCAAAAUUUUGCUACAUGAUUGAGAAAGACCACCUCAGAUUUCGAAGAUUUUGUAAACGUUUUAACUAAGACAUUAUCAUUGACUGUGAGAAGAACCUGAUCCUGCCCAUGAAUGCAUGCUCUGCAGUCAGCAGUGAUCAGUUGAUGACUUUUUGUCCUAGAAAAGAUGCAGGAUUUCAGCUAGGAGUCGAAUUUAUAUCAUGCAACACGAACCUAACUGAAAGGUUAGAAACUA